AAUAUAACGAAUAUUGAGUCUUGAAAAGAAACACUGAAUGUAGGUAAAAGGUCACUGAUGACGAGUUGGUGUUUGAAGCGCAGUAGUGAACAGAACAGAUCGACCUUCGUCAACUUGAAAUAAAAACACAAUAAUGUCGCUCCUACGAGGUGUCUUUAUUGUUUCAGCUAAGAGAACUCCUUUUGGAACAUAUGGUGGUGCUCUUAAAGACCACAGUGCUACAGAUUUAGCUGAGCAUGCUGCUAAAUCUGCCCUUGUUGCUGCUAAUGUAGCUCCAGAACUAGUUAACAGUGUCAUCAUGGGUAAUGUCAUGCAGAGCUCUGCAGAUGCUCCAUACAUUGCACGUCAUGUGGGUCUCCGGUGCAGAGUGCCAAUACAAGUUCCUGCUCUGACCGUGAACCGCCUUUGUGGAUCUGGGUUCCAGUCCAUCAUUAGCGGAGCUCAGGAGAUCUGCCUCAAAGAGUCAGAGAUUGUACUCUGUGGAGGGUCAGAGAGCAUGAGCCAGGCCCCUUAUGCUGUGCGCAACAUUCGUUUUGGCACCAAGUUUGGCACUGAUUUGAAGCUUGAGGACACACUGUGGGCAGGACUCACAGACCUUCACAUAAAGACCCCUAUGGGCAUCACAGCAGAAAAUCUGGCAGAAAAAUACCAGAUUACUCGAGAGGAUUGUGACAAGUAUGCUCACAUGACACAGCAGAGAUGGAAAGCUGCUCAUGAGGCCAGCUACUACAGUGCUGAAAUUGUAUCUGUUGAUGUAAAGGACAAGAAAGGGAAAGUAGUUAUGAGCCAAGAUGAACAUCCUCGUCCACAAACGACACUGGAACAGAUGGCUAAGCUACCACCUGUAUUUAAAAAAGGGGGCACAGUCACUGCUGCCAAUGCUUCAGGUGUGUCAGAUGGAGCUGCAGCUGUGGUGAUAGCUAGUGAGGAUGCUGUUAAAGAGCACAGACUCACUCCAUUGGCUAGAAUUGUAGCAUAUCACAUCUCAGGCUGUGACCCUACAAUUAUGGGUAUUGGUCCAGUACCUGCUAUAACAGAGGCUCUGAAGAAAGCAGGACUCACAUUAAAUGACAUGGAUUUAGUAGAGGUGAAUGAAGCCUUUGCUUCCCAGUAUUUAGCAGUUGUUAAAGCUUUAGGACUGGAUCCAGAAACAACCAACGUAAAUGGAGGAGCCAUUGCAGUCGGCCACCCACUAGGAGCCUCUGGGACCAGAAUCACUGCACAUUUGGUUCAUGAGCUCAGGCGGCGAGGUGGCAAGUAUGCAGUGGGCUCAGCCUGUAUUGGUGGUGGACAGGGCAUUGCAGUAAUUCUGGAAAAUACCCAAUGAGCAAAAGAGAAACAUAAAUGUUAAAGCAAAAAGAAAAAUCUCCACAAAUUCAGGAACACUCCUGAGUCUCACAGAUAUUUAUCCAAGUUCAGGGACUGAGGUUGUAUUUACAAAAUUUAUUAAUGUUAUUUGUAAUGUUACAUAACAUUUCUUCAUGAAAUGUAUUACAGAAUGCAUUCAUAACCUUUUGCAUAAUAAUAGUCAAUGUAUUAAGAUAUAUUCUUUAUUAAAAAUAUGCAAAUAAAAUUUAGUUGAAUGUG